UGGGAAAUGCCUGUAUGACAAACUCUUCUUGCAAUAUGUGAGUAGAGAAAAAUAAUGAGCUGCUAGUUCAGAAAUUAAGGUUUAAAAGACGAACCGGAGGUAGAAGGAUCACAGUCGGAAACAGUUUAACAUUCAUAACAGAUACUUCAGAAUAUGAAUCACAAGAUUCCGAUUUUGAGCCUGAUAAGUUUUUCUUCAGUAUGGAUAAAAGAACUACAAAGGAGAUGAGGGAUCAAGAUACUUUUAAUGACGAUAGGAUUACUUUUAAAAGACCAGGUCGAUCCUCCAAAUUGUUUAAACCUAAGAUAAUGAAAUAAGCUAAAGAAAUAUAUCGACCCCGAAUUAUAUGCCAUUUAUAAAAACAUCUUUGGUGACAUGAAAGCUUAUGAGUUUUCAUAUAAAUAAGUCAGAUGUUGAAAAUUUGGACCUUAACUUGAAGUUGCUGGAAAUACGAGAAGUCACAAAAUUAGAAGAAGAUGAAUAUUACUUUGGUGAGUGGAACCCAGAGACUAAGCUUCCUGAAGGCAGGGGAGUUAGUAUUACUAGAAAUAAAUCUAUCCAUAUGGGAUUCUUUAAAGAUGGUAAACCUGAUGGUGUAGGCAGAGUUACUUACAUCAACGGGAAAGUUUACCAAGGGCAAUUUAGACAAGGUGAAAUUGAAGGCUAUGGGAUUUUUAUUCUCACCAAAGAAGGAACUAAGAUGAAAGGUAACUGGAAGAGAGGGAAGGCUCAUGGGGAAUGAUAUCAAAUCAUGAAAGACGGGACUACCUUUAGAGGCAGAUUUAUCAAUGGUAUAAAGAAUGGAUACGGAGAAUUCAUUUGGUCUAAUGGUGAUUCUUAUCAAGGUAACUUAGAGAACAAUAAAAUGCAUGGAUUUGGUCAAAUGAAUGUCAAAAAGAGGAGAAAUAGAAAUUCAAUCAAAGGUUCAAAAACAAAUAAGAAUGAAGGGUACAUCUACAGAGGUAAUUUCUACGAAGGAAGAAAACAUGGAGAAGGAAUCAUUAAAUAUGACAAUGGAGAUAUUUAUGACGGACAUUUUCACCUGGAUAAAUUUGAUGGGCCAGGUAAAUAUACUCAAUCAGAUGGUAAGGUGUUUGAUGGAAUUUGGAGAAGAGGAAAAAUCAAAGAUAAUGGAAAGCUUUAUAGCAUAGAAGAGAUCCAAUAACCCUCAUAUUUCUUA